UAAACAACAACAGCUAUCAGCUGUAAACGUUGAUAAGAGGAGAGUAUAAAAGUGAUUUAUCAGAGGAUGGUAACACAGCUCUUUAUGUCGUCACGGUAACCGGAGCAGCAGACGUUUUGGCACGAGACAGAGAGAUUGUUUCCUGUAGUUUGUGUCGUGAGUUUUGUAGAGGAGAAAAUGAGCAUCAAUAGAAAUGCAACCGCAGAUUUAUACAGGGAAUGCGUCGCCCGGGACGUCGAGGAAAACGAAACUACACCUUUAUUAGCAAAUGGACCAGUGCAGAGCAGAUCUAAAGGAGCAUCGUUCGCCUCCUCUGUGUUUAACCUGAUGAAUGCCAUCAUGGGCAGCGGUAUACUCGGUCUAGCUUAUUCUAUGGCCAACACUGGAAUAGCUGGGUUUUGUAUCCUGUUAGUGUUAGUGGCUGGCCUGGCUGCGUUCUCUAUACAUCUCCUUCUGAAGCUAUGUGACCAAACAGGUAUCAAUUCAUACGAAGCGGUCGGAGAGAAAGCCUUGCAAAAACCAGGAAAAAUUCUGGUUGGAAUUUCUAUUCUUGUCCAAAACAUUGGUGCCAUGUCAUCCUAUUUGUUCAUCCUGAAGUCAGAGCUUCCUGCAGCCAUCAACAGCUUCGUGAGCUCACAAAGCGAAGGAUAUACCUGGUAUGAAGACGGCAGGUUGCUUCUGAUCCUUGCCACACUAUGUGUUGUUCUACCCCUGGCAAUGUUGCCUAAAAUUGGCUUCCUGGGCUACACCAGUAGCAUUGCCUUUUGCUUCAUGCUGUACUUCGCAAUUGUGGUUGUGAUCAAGAAGUGGUCCAUCCCCUGCCCACUGCCUCAAAAUAUGACAAUCUCAGUUGCCGUCCAGCUAUCAAAUUCCUCUGACGCAGAAUGCACACCCAAACUCUUUGUCAUCACCAGUAAGAGUGGCUACGCCAUCCCCACCAUGGCCUUCUCCUUCCUGUGCCACACGGCUAUCCUGCCAAUCUACUGUGAACUGGACCAACCUUCAAAGUCCAAGAUGCAGAACAUUACAAAUGUCAGUAUUAGCCUCAGCUUCCUGGUUUACCUCGUUUCUGCGCUGUUUGGGUACCUCACCUUCUACGCUCACGUGGACUCUGAGCUGCUGCUUGGCUACGACAAGAUUAUGCCUCAUGACAUCAUGGUGAUGGUGGUUCGACUGGCCAUCCUGUUCUCCGUGUUGCUGACUGUUCCCCUCAUCCUCUUCCCUGCCCGUAAGGCUGCGACCCUGCUGCUGUUUGGAGGCCGACCCUUCACCUGGCUGGUCCACAUCACUUCAACAGUAAUCAUCCUGAGUGCGGUGCUGCUGCUGGCCAUCUUUGUGCCUGAUAUCAGUCAUGUGUUUGGAGUAGUGGGAUCCACAACAUCCACCUGCCUGAUGUUUGUUUUCCCCGGCAUUUUCUACCUCAAGAUCAACAGAGGACCCCUCAGAUCCUUCAACUCCAUUGGGGCUGUGCUUCUGGUCAUCUUUGGUCUCAUUAUGGGAAUCCUCAGCCUCUCUACCAUUGCUUACACAUGGGCUCGUGCCUUCUAACCCCUUUCCCAAAUUAAGCACAACAGCAACGAAAGGGGAAAGCAUGCCAAAGAAACUAAAUAAAAACUGGAUUAAAAAAAAAAGGGAAGAGAGAUGAUAAUCAGCAUCACCUCAGGCAAAGUAUUUAUGGCAAAGUUGUUCUCAACACUAGACUUGUAUGUGUUUUUGUACUUUCUUACAAACAUAGCUCAAACUCAGCACAUAGAGCUAAAUGAAGUGAGGACUUUAAAUAUUCUACCCGCUGAUUUUUUAUUUUUAUUUUUUAAAUGUCUUUUUACAAGAUGACUUUCAGACAAUAACCAGGGCAAAUCUUUACUUUUUUAGUAUACCUGGCACAAAAGAUUUAUUGUGUCAGAAUGUCACAAAAAAGUGUGAAGUAAGUUGCCCAUUAUCUUUAAGUUCAUUGUAUGUCCUUCAUUUUUAUUUUCUUAAAGCCCUUGUAUUGUUGUAUGUGGAUGAUCAUGCACCUUAUGUAUACCAGUCUUCUAGCAUUUUAAAAUGCUGUUGACUAAGUCUGAGCCGUAAAUUUGUCACGUUUACCGUUUUUUUGAUAUUUUGUUUAUAGAAUUUUUCAGUUGUACAUGCACAAUCACUUGUUUUCAUUAAUUGUUGUUUACACAUAUAACACAGUUUAUUUACCACUUUGUUGUUUGUGAUUUUUUCUUUUAAACCUGUUUAUAUUGUUUAUUAAGUGUACUGAAUGUAGGUAGUGUUACUGCUGCUACUGAUCGGUGCUUUGGCCUUUUAAUAAAAGGGAAACUGUUUAUGUAC